AUGGCCAAGCCAGGCAACAUGGCGGUCGACGGCGCCGACCCGCGCGUCUACGACCAGAUGGACGUGCCCUUUGACGCGCCGGCCGGCACCAUCAGCACCGUCAGGCCCCAGCAUCGCAAGCUGCACGACCCGUCUGUGUCCUUUGAGGAGUACUACUACUACGCCCAGCAGACGCGCAUCGAAGAGGACAACCAGCCCAAGACGGGCUUCGAGACCAGCAUCUGGUCCGUCAUCUUCCCGACCAAGUCGGGCGCCGGAAUCGAGGAGAAGAGGUCCGCGCCCAAUCCGCAGGAGGAGAAGCAAGAGAAUGCGCACCAGCGCAUCCUUGUCUCGGACGAGGAGUGGACCAAUGCCUCGCGCGCUCUGCGCACCGCCACCCGGGGCGCCAUCUUCUACCUGAUCACCACUGAUAUCCUAGGCCCCUUUGGCCUGCCCUACGCCUUUGCCACCAUGGGCUGGGGGCCCGGCAUCGCGCUCUACACCGUCUUCGCGGCCCUCGCGGGCUACUCCGGAUACCUGCUCUGGGACAUCUUCAUGGGCCUGGACUCGUACGAGUACCCCGUGCGCAGCUUCGGCGACCUGGGCUACCGCCUGUACGGGCCCUGGAUGCGCUACCUGUUCAACUUCCUGCAGGCCAUCCAGCUGCUGCUCAACGUGGGCCUCAUCGUCAUCUCCAACGGCGAGGCCCUGUCCCAGGCCGCCAAGUUCCGCCUCUGCUUCUGCAUCUGCUGCCUGAUCUGGGCCCUCGUCGGCUUCGUCGUCGGCCAGAUCCGCACCCUGCAGAAGUUCGGCUGGCUCGCCAACGCCGCCGUCUGGAUCAACCUGAUCUGCAUGUUCAUCACCAUGGGCGCCGCGGCGCAUACCCCGCCCAACUACGCCGGCGCCUCCCAGUCGGCCGGCUUCGUCAUCGACGGCGGCGCCCUCAUCACCCCGGACGCCAACGGCGUCUUCCCGCCCGUCCAGACCAGCGGCGGCCUGCCCAACGCCGGCGGCUUCACCGGCUCCGUCAGCGGCGCCAUGCAGGCCAUCUUUGCCUACGGCGGCUCCAUGAUCUUCCCCGAGUUCAUGGCCGAGAUGAAGCGGCCCAAGGACUUCCUGACCGCCAUGUGGGCUGCCCAGGCCUUUAUCUACUUCUGCAUCAACCCCAGCUAUCUCGGUAUCAGCUCGUACGGCCUCCAGACCGCGGGCAACGUCUUUGCCAUGGUUUCUGCCGUCAUCGCCGCUGCGCUGUACGGUAACAUUGGUAUCAAGGUCAUCUACAACAACAUCUUUGUCGAGAUCUUCCGGGCCCCGCCCCUGACCACCCGCGGCGGCAAGUUCGCCUGGGCCGCCCUCAUCCCGGCCUACUGGGCCAUCGCCUUCGUCCUGGCCGCCGGCAUCCCCAACUUCUCGGGCUUGACCUCGGUCGUCGCCGCCUUCUGCAUCCUGCAGUUCACCUACACCUUCCCGCCCCUGCUGUCGGUCGCCUUCAUGGCCAAGAAGUACGCCCUGCGCGAGGGCGAAGGGUACGACCCGGCCACGGGCCACGUGGCGCGCGAGGACACGGGGCUGGCCCGCCUCUCGCGCGGCUUCUUCGCCAAGCGCUGGUGGCUCAACGUCCUCAACAUCCUCUACUUCCUCGGCGCGCUGGCGCUGGCCGCGCUCGGCGCCUACUCGUCCAUCGAGAUCCUCAAGGGCGCCUUUGCGAGCAAUACGACCACGUCGUACGUGUGCAAGAGCCCGCUCGAGGGGUAG